UUUCUUUACCUUUCUAUGUUAAAGUUUGAAUUUUUGAAUCUGGGGUAGUGAGAUUUUAGAUUUUAGAUUUGUAGUUUGGUAUUGGUUUUUUGGCAUUAUUAGAAUCUGGGUUUUGGUGGGUGCUGUUUGGUUGAUGAGAAAGUGUGGGAAAAUGAGGAAAGAUUGAUGUUUUCUCAAAGUGAUUGUUUCGUAAAAGUGGGACUUUUGAUCUUGAAUUGUGAGAUUUGUGGGUUGUGAUUUGUUACUGCUUUGCUUAAUUUGAAAAGUAGUUAGUGAAGUGAAGUUGUUGGUAUUGAUCUUUCUGUUUGUUACUAUUUUUUAUUGUUGGCUUUGUUAGAUUCUGUGUUUUGUGGAGUGCUGUUUGGUUGAUGAGAAAAUGUAGGUAAACUGGAAAAGAUUGACGUUUGUCAAAUUCGUACUUUGUUAAAAUUGGGACUAAGAAAACUAGAAAUCUAUAACAGGCUAGAUUGUUUUUGUGGUUUAUCUGAAUAACUUAACUUUAAAAACCAAUGCAAUAGAUUAAAAAAGGUGUUGACCUUUUUGGGUACAUAUAAACCGUGGAGUUUCUCAGUCAAAUCAAAUGGAGGAUUAUGCUCCAUUUUUUGUUAAACUAGAGUUGUUUGGAAAUUGGGGGGCUAUUUGUUUUUCUGAAUUAGGGGAUGCAUUUAGCUUAGUUAAGUUAGCUGAUCCGAAAGUUUUGGGAUGCAGGCUUUAUUGUUGUCUCUGUAUUUAGUUGGUUAAGUUGUUGUCUCCCCUCAUUGAUUUAUAAAGUUUAGUUGCAUCAAGUUCAUUGAAUGUUGAGCAAAUGCAGAUCACACUGUAUUGAUUUUGAAGCAGAUUAUGGUUUUCAAAUAAGGAAUAUGAAAGUAGAACAAUUUAUGUGCAAAUCGUUGUUUCCUUUUGGUGGCAGUAAUUCAAAUUUAAUAAAAAUUAGGGUCCUGUUUUUUGCAUCCAAUAUUUUUGUUUCCUCUUUCCGUACUUGUGUUAAUCGUCUCUAUUUUGUUUUUGGAAAAUGCGAAAGUUAUUACCAAUCUUAUUACAAAAAUCUUACAAACUAACAUGUCAACAAUUGUGAUUGGUGCUACAUUAGCAACAUAAUAAAAUUUCUUAUUUACAUUUUCUUUUUGUGUUUAAAAGUUAAUGCAUCAGUUUGUACAGCUUAUGUAGUAAACUUUGUAGUAUACCUAACAUCAUUCUUUGUUCUAUAACAUUUAUGACCUAUUUCCACCACCAUAAGAAUAGAUCAGAACAAGUAGUAACAAUAAAGUCAAUUGUAAAAUUCUAGGUCAGCUGAUAAAAGGCUAUCAAUGGUUUACAAUAUAUAUCUGUGGUCUCUGAAAAGUCAUGAUGCAAAAUUUGCCCAUUAAAUGGUGAAACCACUUCUAUUCAAGUGUAUGAGUUGUUCGGUGCAUGAGUCACAUUUACCAAUCAGAAAAGGAAAAAAAGUGUGUUUUAAGGUUGAAAAUUUUGUUCUGUUUGAUCAUGUUGCAGAUGGAUUUUGGUUGGCGAAAGGGGAUUUGUUGCUUGCUCUUGCUUCUUCAGUUUUAAACAUUGAAUUACUUUUUAUUUUCUGUGUGAGAAAAAUGGGAGUUGAGAAAGAAGGUUCGAAAAGUGGAGGAGGUUAUGUAGGCAGUUUUUUUCACCUGUUUGACUGGAGUGCCAAAUCUCGGAAGAAGCUAUUCUCAAGCAAGUCAGAUUUAUCUGAGCUUUCCAUACAGGGAAAGAAAUGUGAUGGGAACAUGCCAAUGACGCGGCUCCAUCUGGUAGAUGACGAUGACACCAGAGCAAGGUCAAGCAUUAAAGGAAGCGAUUAUAGUUGUGCUUCAUCAGUUACAGAUGAAGAAGGGUGUGGAACUAGGGCCCCUGGGGUAGUGGCCAGGCUUAUGGGAUUAGAAUCUUUACCCAAAUCCAACUCGCCUGAGCCCUACUCCACGCCAUAUUUUGAUACUCAGUCUCUUCGAGAUGCUCCUUAUCAGAGGAAAGAUUUUGAUUAUCAUCAUGACCACCAAAUCAUGUAUUCUGGAAAUCUACUGAAUAAGGUGGAUGGCCCUGCCAGGAACUUUGUGGAGUCAAAACCCCUGAAGAUGCUAAACAGGCCAAUUGAGAAGUUUCAAACUGAAGUUUUGCCUCCUAAAUCAGCUAAAUCAAUUCCAAUUACACACCAUAAACUUUUGUCUCCUAUAAAGAGUCCUGGCUUCAUUUCUACAAAGAAUGCUGCUCACAUAAUGGAAGCAGCUGCAAAAAUUAUUGAGCCUGGACCUCAAGCUACUACCAAGACCAAGGUGCCUCUGGUAGGUUCUUCAUCAGUACACUUGAAAGUUCGGGAUCUCAAAGAAAAAGUGGAGGCUGCACAGAAAGUGCCUGUGGUUGGGUCUUCUUCAGUAAACAUGAAAGUUCGAGAUCUAAAAGAGAAAGUAGAGGCCACUCAUAAAGCAUCUAGGGUUGCUGAUACUUCUCAAAGGCCAGUUGAGUCUAAUGCUGCCAAGUAUCUAAAGGGACAAUCUAUGAACAAGAGCUGGAAUGGAUCUGUAGAUACGUCGUUCAGGGCUUCUCCUGACAUAGAAGAAGGCUCUUCUGGUUCAAGGAGUAAGUCAAAGUCCAUUUCACUUGCAAUCCAAGCAAAGGUCAAUGUCCAGAGAAGAGAAGGAAUAAAUUCAAGUGCCAGUAGAAAUUUGGUAAGCCAGAAAGAACAGAGUGAGGCUAACAUAAACCAGCCCUUCAAGAGCCAGCCAAUUAUUCAUAAGAAUUUGAAUAAGAAAUCUUCCAUACAUAAUGCUUCAGGAGUUCUAAGGCAGAAUAAUCAGAAACAAAAUUGCCUCAUGGACAACAAAUUGCCCUCCAAACCUUUGGGUUCAAACUUGCAUAGUAGAAAAGUGAUGUCUGGGGAUUCAUCUUUUGGGCGUCACAAAAGUUCAAAUAAAACCACUGGGAACUCCAGACUUGGGUCCAGAAAGUUAGGCGUAGAGGCAGCUGAUGGUGAUAAAGACACAUAUUCUAGUACAAAGAAUUUCCCUAGGAAGAAGCGAACAAUAGAUAGGGAAUUUCACUUUGAGAAAAAUCAGACUGUUGAUAAUGUGUUGAAUGACAAAAAUCAGAGGCCAGGUCAAUCUAAUCUGGCUAUGGACAGGGACUUUAGUUGGGCUCAAGAUAGCAGAAAGAAAGGCAUGGAUGUUAUUUCUUUUACAUUCACAGCCCCACUGGCACGAUCAAUGCCUGGUUCUGACCCCUCUUGCCAGGCUGCACAGAAAAAUAAUGCUAUUUCCAUGGAUCAUCGAAGUAAAAGAGCGUUGCUUGACUCAGAUAGUAUUAAGUUAUCUUCACUGGGAUACAAUGUGAUAGGGGGUGAUUCAUUGAGUAUGCUUUUGGAACAAAAGUUAAGGGAGUUAACGUAUGGAGUUGAGUCUUCUUCCAGUGACUCCUUGAAUGUAGGGUCAGCUUCUAGUUCUGUGUCAUUUUCCUCCUCUAAUUCUUCUACCUUCAGAUGGAAAAAUAAGUUUCAGGGAGCCGAUGAGAUGGAUGGAUGUAGCAGCAAUCAUAUUGAAGCUGGACCAUUGGUUGGUUGUCGACAUCCUAGUCCAGUCUCUGUUCUUGAGCCUUCCUUUUCAACUGAAAGUUGUGACUCUUCAAAUAGCACAGAUAGUAACAGUUUGGAAGGAAGCAAGUUGUUUUCAUCUGUUCUAGCUCAGGAGGUUCUUGGUUUGAAUUCUUCAAAGAAGUUCAGUUCAGUAGAAGCUGAUACAGAAUUAUCAGAUUCGGCUUCUUCUACAUCGAAUGGAACUAUGGCAGAGAAAUAUGCAAGCAUUUCUAUUUUGACAGGUCGUGUGAGUUCAACCAAGUGGGAAAUAGAAUAUGUGAAGGAGAUAUUGUUCAAUGUGGAAUUGAUGUUUAAGGACUUUGCAUUGGGUCGGGCCCGUGAGGUCAUAAACCCUUAUCUCUUUGAUCAGUUGGAAAGUCGAAAAAUACAAUGGGAAAGUAAUAGUGGUGAAUCUAGGCUAAGACGGAAGGCAUUAUUUGAUUGUGUGAGUGAAUGCCUGGAUUUGAGAUGCCAGCGAUAUGUGGGUGGGGGUUAUGGAAUGUGGGUGAAAGGUGUAGCAAUGGUGAGAAGAAAGGAGUGGCUAGCAGAAGAAGUGUACAAGGAGAUUUCUGGUUGGAGAGGCAUGGGGGAUUGUAUGGUUGAUGAGCUUGUGGAUAAGGACAUGAGCAGCCAAUAUGGAAGAUGGCUAGACUUUGAAGCUGAUGAAUUUGAACUUGGGAUAGAGAUUGAGGGUGAAAUAUUUGAUUCUUUGGUUUAUGAGGUGGUUGCUGAUAUCUUGCAGCUUUAAUGCAUUAAGCCAUUACUUUUUACUCCUGAUGUAAUUCCCAACGUGUGAAUUUUUUGGGGGGAUACUUUAUUGUCAAAUCCUCAUUAUUCUUCAAUUUAUUGUUUCAUUUAACUGUAUUCAGAUUCAUAAUGUCUCUAUAGAUCCUAAUCAGUGUUCUGCUUCAAAUUACAGCUUCA